AUCUGAGCAUCAACCAUCUUAGGUUUGAAGUGUUCCAAGAACAAAAUAUAAAAAUGAAAUUGUUCGUGAUCGCCGCCCUCGUCGCCGUGGCCGCUGCCGGUCGUCUGGAACACCUGGAACGCUCCUACCUUCCUCCCGACAACUCCGUCGGAGUCGCCAGGUCCUCCUUCGGUUCCAACGGAGGCUUCGGCUCCGGCUCUCACGGAUCCUUCGGAUCUAACUCUGGUGCCUUCGGUGCCGCUGGAGCAGGUCUGCAGGGCCGCAAUGCUGGAGCUCGUUACUCUGGCGCCACCUCCAACCAGUACCUGCCUCCUGACCAUGGACCUUCUGGUGCUCAGGGUGCUCCUCAGUUCGCUGGCUCUUUAACCGGUUUCGGUGGCCAGAACUUCCGUAGCCAGCAGCAAUACAGCGGUCACGGUGCUGGUCAUGGCGCCGCCCAUGGUAUCGCUCAGCAAUACUCUGCUCCUAGCUCCCAAUUCGGAUCUCAGGGAUCCAACGCCUUUGGAUCUCACCAAGGAUCCAACGCUUUUGGAUCUCACCAGGGAUCCAACUCCUUCGGUGCCAACUACCAGGGUCAGUACUCCCAGCAGUCUGCCGCCACCAGCCGUCAGUACCUGGCUCCCAACACCGGCUCCUACCAGAACCCUCCCCAGCAGGCCUUCGACGAACAAACUGGAUACCACUACUAAGAAGCGUCAUGAUAUUUUAGUCAAUUGAAAUUUCUGUAUGUAUAAUUAAUAAAUGAC